UGACAAAAGCUCCGAGCUUUCCUCCUGAGUUGCCAGUUCGUGUAAUGGGUCGUGAAGGUUGCUCGUCUUGUGUCACGCGUGCUGCGUGGGAGAACGAGAUGGAUGACUCUGUCGGUUAUGACACCUGGCGGUCUUAUGCCCGUGCCCCAGAGAAAAUUGAUGACAGAUUGGUAUGCUUGGACUUGAAGACGAGGGCCAAAGUGUCGGAGCUGUUUCUUCUCGGAGGUCCUGAAUGUGUAGACGUCGCGCUCCGUCUUCUUGUCCCCAGUGGUGGUGGUAUGCUGAGCAAAGGAUGCGGGUCCAAGGAGCGGACAAGGAUUUACGGCAAGGUUGCCGAUUUGGGAGGGUUGCGCGCUAUGCGUCUUGCUGCGAACAUGGUUCGCGAUGUCGGGGCUACCGGGGUGUGCCCGUCCCCGACGUGGGGAAGCGGGGCCUUCUGCGACCACAGGAAGUUAUUGUUGACGAUGCCAUCGGCAGAUUGCCGUGCACCGCUGCCUGAGUGCCAGGUAGAUGACCUGUCAAUGCCAUGGCCCGGAGGCAGAGGAGGUGUCGGUUGGAAGGGACGAUGGAUCCUCCAUCAUGACGAGAGGAAGAAGCUACUGAGGGAGCUUCAUUGCUUUGGCGGAUCGGAAGCCCUUGAGAUGGCAGAGGUCUUGACACAGACGGCCUAUCGGCUCGGGAGGAGGGAGUGUAAUCAGCUGUACGCCCGACUCUUCAAGGUGACGGGGUAUCGGGGUCUGCUGGCGGGGUCUCGCAUUGCCGAAGAUAGCGAGUUUUGGCGCGAGUAUGAUUGCGCGCUGGAGCAGGAAUCUCCCGCCGACAUGUGCGGCAACGUCGGUUCCGCUCUUCCCGGCCCCAGACUAAGCGCGUCCGAGCUGGCAGCUCAGCUUUUGCAGAGAUUGGAACGGGCGUGUGGCGGAGAGGUGCGCCAACGAGUGGAGGAGAUUCUUCUCGGAUCGAAGGAAGGUGGGAAUGAAAUGCUGCGGCAAAUGGUGGAGGGCCGGAAGGGUCCGUUGCACAACGCCGUUGAGAGGCUGGGACCCGGAAAAAUGUCGGACGAUAUCAUCGGCUUAUGCUAUGCUUUGUGGGCGAUGAAGCACACGGGCAGUCUGGCAGCUGGCGACAGAUGUCAGCCCAGCAAUGCUUUGGCUGUGUACCAGGUACGCUCGGGGGCUUCUGCAGCAGCCAAUCAGAGUCAGCUCGCGGGAAAGGCGGUGUACAAGUGGACGGAGAGCGGGCUGCUGAAUGAGCUAUACGUGUCAGGCGGGGUGAAGGCCGUGAAGGCGGGACAAAGACUUGUGGAACUGCUGGCCAGCAAGAGGUGUGAGAUGGAGGUAAGCGUGAAGGGAUCGUGGAGGAGGUUGGGUGAAUUGGAGAGGAAGGUGGUUGCGGAGAUGGUGCAGGAAGCAGGACCAGUGGGCCUGAAAGUUGCCGACACGAUGAUCGAUUACUUCUGGUCGACUGUCGGUUGGAGCGCAGCUACGGGCGGCGCCAAGCACGUGACGGCCAAAGAAAGAAGCGGAUCGCUGUACAGAUGGACAGACCAAGCAAUCUGGGAGAUGCAUUUAAUGGGGAAAUUGGUGGUUUUGGGAGGGGUCCGAGCCAUGGAGGUAGGUCUGUCGUUGGUCGAGGAAGCCACAACGAGGCACUUCCCGCAGCGGCUGAAGUCGUUGAUGAAGUCAUUGGAAGAAGUUGCGGGAAAAGGGAGUAUACCGUUGGCAACCCAAUUGAUCGGUGGGCUUAAGAAGGGCGGGGACGCUGCCGAGCGUAUCUCGGAGGAAGAAUGGAGCAUGCUGAACGGCCUGAAAAUUCUUGGAGGCGAGUGCAUGUUCCGGCUUGGCAAAUUGCUCCUCCGGGGGCCGAACAAGUGUCCCCGGGAGAAGCAGAACGACAUUCUUUGCGAGAUUUACAAAGCUAUCGGCCCAAUGGGCUUGGAAAUCGGCGAGUAUUUGCGAUCAAGGUCCAUCGACGCAUUGACGGGCGCCGGUUGCGGUGGUUUGACGCAAGGGUUGUGGGGUUGGGAGGUUGUCAAGUGCGCGGAUGUCAGGAAGGAGAGUGCCGUCAUCGACAGUGCUGGAUCGAGAAAGGCUUACGAGAAGAUCGUUGCAAAGCUGCAUGAAGCCAAGGCCGAGGGCGGACGCGCUGUCUUGGAGACUGCCCUCUCUUUUCGCAAAGCAGAAGCCGAGGCCAUCGGUGACCACUGGCAUGUCCCGGAAAUGAUUUUGAAAUGGGCUUUCAAUCAACGGUGGGAGAUGGUGAGAGAGAUGCUGCUUCUGAAGGGUACGUUGUGCUGGACUGAGGCGUUGUCCGGCACCGUCUCUAUCAAAAGCCGUCAUAUCAGUCGCGCUGGAAGAAUCCUCCUCCAGAAAUUGGAAAUGUUCCGUCGGCGGCAAGUUCGGCAGCUUCUCAAGCUUCUCCAGCUGGAGUAUGAGGUGGUUGUGUCCAGCUCCACCGUCGAUCUUCAGCUUGACAAAGAAGACUUCGCCGUUGACGGCGAUAGAGAGUGGUGUUCUUCGGGCAAGAGCAUCAUCGUAUACCUCGGCGGCAAGGACGCGGAAGUUGGCCCUGCCUGGUUCAACGAGAAAUUCAAACAACUCGGCAACUGGGAGUUCGAACCCGCCGUCGUUUUCGACGCGCACGUGUACGUGUAUCCGUUGAUGGUUUCCGUUAAAGGAUGGCAAAUGUCGUGGGAUCAUGAGAGGUGUCCUCCGCGCGACAGGCAUCUGUCUAGGUACGUGUCUUCUGGAGGAGCGUGGGACUCGGGUGCAGUGCUUGCUAAGGAUUUCAUUGAGCAGAAGGUGUGGGCUUUCGCCAGGCUUCGUCUCUUUUCGAAUAGUAAACAGUGGGACACGCUGGCGAAGGUUGUGGAGGACGGUCUCAGCGUCGGUACGGGACCCCGAUCACGUUUGCUUCUCGCCGUCCGGAUCUUCGAUCUCGCUCGACUCAAGUGCGAGAGGUACGUGAGGAGCCUCGUCUCGAAAAUGGAGUCCUUCGUGCCUUGCAGACCCCAAUCGGGAUUGAUUGCCGAAGCGUUCAAGGUAUCCGCAAUGGAGCGCAGCAGUAGCCGCACUUGCACGGAAAGGCUGUUGUAUUCGUCGUCUGCCUCAAGCUCGUCCUCCUCUUCCUCAUCCUCUGAUGACUCUGGGGAUAAGGAAUGGCGACUGCGUAUGCAAGAUGUAUCAAGGAGGAAGGAGCAGACCAAGAAGAAAGCAGAGGUAAUCGACAAGGAUCAUCGCCAUGAGCACAAGCACACCCGGCAUCGCGUUGUUGAUCGUCGGAGGGACUACUCGUCCUCGUCUAGCUCUUCUUCCGAGUCGAGUUCGUCUUCCUCUCGCUCGUCGGAUAUUGAAGAGGUGAGGAAGACAAAGACGAAGACACAUCGUCACCAUCGUCGCAGCAGCCAUCUCGAUAGCAGCGAUGGCGACGACAGGCGUCGUCAUAAAACCCGUCGUCAUGAGGCGAAGGUGCACAGGAAGGUUUCUUUCUCGUGUGAAUCUGACGAUAGCAGCGACCACUCUCACAAGGUCGAUCGCAUUGCAGCGAAACGAACGGAUGUAACACGGCAUAAACAAACUGUGACCAAGGGGGAAGAUCACAGGAAGGAGAAGAAGAGUUACGGUGCAGUCUCGGAUGAGAGCAAUGGCGCGCACGUGAAGAAGACCGAGGUGAAAACGACCACGGUGAAGGUGGACAAGAAGACGGCGAACCGCGUCGACAGCGACGCCGACAUCAGGGUGGAUAUCAGCGAGGAGAGUGACCGUGGUGGCUCACUAUACAAGAUCGGGAAGAGCAGCAUGUCGAAGAAGCAGGUUGUCGACGAGAGCGAGAGCGAUCGUGACAGUUCCUACCGUCACGUGACGAAAAAGACGGCUUUGACAGGCGACAAGCAGUCAAGUGACUCGGUGAAGAAGUCGUCCUCCUCUACUUCGAAGAUCGAUCACACGGUGACGGGGAAAACGACGGUGGACAAGAGCAAGAAGGAAAUGAAGGUUACUGAGCUGAAAGAAAGGGAAGGGGUAGUGUACAAGCCAAGGGACUACGAGGGUAAGGGGAUUAAUGUGGUCGACGAAGGGUUGUACUCGGUGCACAAGGACGUCCAGCACAGAAGCAAGGAUGAGACUCAACUGUCGAAGCAUGAAUAUAAACAGAGCAAGGAUUCGAGGGAGGAAUACAAGGAGUACAAGAAGCAGGAACACAGGGAGGCAAAGGAUGAGCACAGGGAGGUUAAGAGGAAUGAGCGCAAGGAGGUAAAAAAGGAUGACCACAGGGAGGUUAAGAGGGAUGAGCACAAGGAGGUGAAGAGGGAUGAGCACAGGGAGGUUAAGAGGGGCGAGCACAAGGAGGUAAAGAAGGAUGUACACAAGGAGGAACACGAGAUGGUGCGAAAGGAAGCGAAGGAGCACAAGGAAACGGAGUAUAAGGAGCACAGGGAGUCGAAGGAUGAGCAUAAGGCUACGGAGACGGAGCACAGGGCUACGUUGGGGAAGGAGCACAAGGCUAUGGAGACGAGGAAGGUCGAAUACAAGGAGUCGAAGGAGGAUCACAAAGAGGCCAAAGGUGGAUACAAGGAGAUGAAAGAGGACCACAAGGAGACGAGGCACGCAUACAUUGCGAGUGACGACCACAAGGGUUACAAGGAUACGAAGGAGCACAAAGGAACCAGGGAAUCGUAUGUCAAGGAAACGACCACAACGACGAAGAAGGCUGGGAAGUCAGAUUCGGAGGGCGAAUGGACGACGACAACGCGACGAAGAAAGCACCAUGACUCGGAGGAGGACAGUGAGGAUGAGUCGACGCUCUCCACACGACGAAAGCGACAGGAAAGCUCGAGCGGCAAGGAGAGCUCGUACGAGCAUACGAAGGAGAGCAGCCAUGUGGAAAAGAAGAAAGAGGAGAAGACUCAUGUGGAAAAGAAGAAAGAGGAGAAGAUCCAUGUGGAAAAGAAGAAAGAGGAGAAGACCUAUGUGGAAAAGAAGAAAGAGGAGAAGAAAGAGGAGAACACCCAUGUGGGAAAGAAGAAAGAGCAGGAGACGAAAGAGGUGAAGAAGGAGGUGAAGAAAGAGGUGAAGAAAGGAGUGGAGGAAUGCUCCGAGGAUGAAUGGACUGAGGUGUCCGACGGGCACGGCGGGAAGAAACGUAUCCGUAGGACGAUAACGACAAGGAGGCGUCGGAAGCACAGCGGCUCUGGUUCUGAUGAGGACGGUGAGUACGAAGUUACUCGGACCACGAGGCGAGAGAAGCGGGAUCAGCACUGGAAGGAGAGCAAGGAGAGUAAAGAGAGUAAGGAAAGCAAGGAGAGCUCGCAUAAAGAGGAGAAGGAGAAAAAGGAGGAAAAGAAAAAGGAUCAGAGUGUAGGCGAGUCCGACGAUGAAUGGACUGAAGUUUCCGAUGGGCGUGGAGGUAAGAAGCGUAUUCGCAGGACAACAACAACUAGGCGGCGCCGGAAGCAUCGGGGUUCGGGUUCCGAGGAAAGCGACUACGAAACUUGGCUCAUUAAAAGGCGAACGAGACGAGAAGAACAGUACAAAGACGGGCACGACAGCAGCGAGAGCAAGGAGACCAGCAAGAAGAUGACGAAGGAAGAGAAGAGAAUUGCCCACGAAAGGAAGAGGGCGGAAGUAGAUCGACACCACGCUGAGAUUCAGAGAAAGCAUAAGGAGAAUAGAGAGGAGGUGGACAAGCGACACGCGGAGAAGGAAUCACGGAAGGAGGAACACAAGUCCGAAGAGAAGCACAAGUCCACGGAGCACAAAGAGGAGCACAAGGAGCACAAAUCGAAGGAAGAGCACAAGGCGAAGGAGCAGAAAGAGGAACACAAGGAGCACAAGUCCAAGGAGUGCAAGUCCAAGGAGGAGCACAAGUCCACGGAGCACAAGGAAGAGCACAAGUCCAAGGAGCACAAAGAAGACCACAAGGACUCGUCUUCAGCCAGUGAAGAGAAGAGUUCGGGUUCAGGCUCGAAGUCGAGUUCCAGUUCUUCGUCAGAAAAGAAGUCAAGCUCAAGUUCUCAAGAGAAGAGUUCGAAAUCCAGUUCGUCUUCAGGAGGCACACAAAGCUCUUCGGUAACGUAUAGCGAGGAGGUUACGGAGGAAAGGAUCAAGAAAAGCGGCGGCGGGAAGAAACACUCGAGCAAGGCUCAGGAAGAUGAAGAGUGGGAGGAGGAGGUGUUUGUUACCGAGGAGGUGGUUGAUGACUACUAUGUGCCAGGCGGCGUGCCGUCUGAACAACAUUUCUGGGAAGCCGAUCAGCAUUGUGUGGAGGUCAGUGAAGUGACGGUUAUGGAGGCAGCCGGCGGGUCAUUGGCUGGCCAUUAUUUCGAUCAGAAUACCGACUACCAACUUGAGCACUCCUACUCCGCGCAGCCGUACGAACGCCAGUACUCCUACCUUAAGGGAAUGGUGGGUGGUAGCGUUAAGCCCCCCACCGUUUUGUCGAGGGGUACAUCUAGGCCGGAAAAUAGGAGCUGGCUGCAACACAGGGAGGAGGAGGUGGUGACGACAGUCACCACUGAGCGGGAGGGCGAUCACCGGGAAGUUAGGCACAGGGAUGUUCAUAGCAAAAAGAGAGACAAAGGUGGCAAGUCUAUUUCCCUGCAUCGUGUGCAUCGGAAAGGAGGCAUGUCUCAUGACAGCCUGGCUCACCACUGCAGCACCAUUGUGAACUACUGGUGGGAGCAGCCGCAGAAGAAUGGCUGGGAGAUGGUGCAGGAACUCUCGAAGGAGGUGGCGGAUUUGGUUCUUUCGCGCCGCUCUCGACCGUCCAUCCAGCCGACCCUGGACAUCGAGGCUGUGUCUGAAGAUGUGCUCGCGUGGACAAUCCAUCGCUUAUAUGAACAAGUGUUGCGCGAUGGUAUUUCUCCUGUCCGGAAAGAACUUUCGCAGUAUGAGGAGCUUUUGGGAGUUCUCUGCUCCAAGUCGUCCGAUGGACGUGACGUCAAGAAAGCCUUGGCUGCUGCCAAGGAUCUCAUUGGCGAGUCCUCAAGCUGGAGUGCCUCCCAAGACUAUUGUUCCACCAAGUCCUCCACCAAGUCGCAGAGAAAGUAUCUUGCUGGGUCGCUGCUGAAAAAGCGGGCGGAGAACAUGGCCGAGCUACAUGGGAGAGUGACAGAAGCUCUCUGGCUUGCCAACUCCACGGAUGUUAGUUUCGAGGAAAUGUAUGAUGCUCUGGAUCUCCGCAAAGAUCAACUAGCCGGCGUCUAUAAUGCCGAAAAAGAAGUUGCUUUCAUCACAAGCAUUGCAGAGUUUCUCAAGGAGGCCACAAAGCACCGCUCGUCGCUCGCAUGCACUCUGAUGGAGGGGGGGAAGCACAUUCUGGCUGCUGUCCAGGCUAUUGCGGACGUCAAGUUCCGAAAGCUGCGAGUUCGGAAACAACUCCCACGCCGUGCCCUAAGUUUGUAUAGUGUCAUCAGGAAGAUCGAGCGGAAUGUGGAAUCGGGAGAUGUGGACGGUUACAUCGACGUUGUGAAGGGUCAUGCUCGUGACAAACUCGCGCAGAGGAGGCGGAUCCGUAAGCGGGAAGAAAAGAUGCGGAAGGAAGAAGAGUAUAAGCGGAAGUCCCACAGAUCGAAAUGUUUGCACUCGUCUGACUCUUCGUCUGAUUCUGAGGGAACAAGCAGCAGCCUUCUCUCGCUGUCGAACUCUUCUCAUUCUGGUUCCUGCUUAGGUUCGUCCUCUGACUGCUGUUAUUCCGAUCGGAACAGACGGACCCGUCACCGCCGCCACCGCAUUAGCAGGCGUCGUGACUAUCGCUCGGAGCGCGAGCGCUGGUCGUCCUCCGCUGAAUCUGAUAGUAUCAUGUAUGCAAGCAGCGACUCUGAAUGGUUGUCUGGUGGCGAAUCAUUGAGCUGCUGGUCGGGCCUGAGCUCAGAGGAAGGAUGCGUGCUUGGGCCCAGUGAAGAGACAGGCAGGCACAUAGUGGAGGCGAAGGUCAUGCAUGUUGACGCUGCCAUCCGGGAGAUUCUUAAAUGCUUGUACUCUGACGUGUGCAAGAGCGAUUGCAACAAUCUGACGUGGAAGAACGACCUCAAUUGGCAGGUGCGCAUGCAGACGUGGUUUAGGAUCGGGUGGGAUGUGGUCCACAAGAUCGAUCCCGCUAUCAAGGAGGGAGAACUGAGGAGUCUUCUCAGGAAAUGGGGCCUGAAGGAAAAGGUGUCCGAAGCGCAGGUCGUCGAGAUUCGCGCCCUAAAGCACCUGAAGAAGGUUGCUGGAUUGCCGUCGAAGUUGUUCUCCCCGCAGGCGCGACGUUCUCCCUGCAACUACGAGGCAGAGGACCCACGAGUGGACUGGGUUGUUCAGGAUGUCUGGCGGCUUGCUAUGGGAGUGACAGUGUGGUUCGAAGAUCUCGCUGAAGAAAACUGGGGCUGGUUGUGAUCAUGUGCCGGCAGCCAUCGACUUGUGGCUGCGACAGAG